CGCGUUGGAACCCUGAAGGGGGAAUGAGGGGCACCAUCAAGGAAGCGGUGUCCACCAGCAAAUUGUUGCCCUCCCGGGGUCACAGGAACUGGAGCUAAGAUCGCCACCUACAGACACAGCCUUCUGAUCCCGUGAUCAAGUCAGUGUAGUCAUCCAUGGCCCUGGGCCCUUUGAGUUUCAAUCCUCUGUGGGCUCCUCAAUCACUUUUGUUUGUGGUGCCAUGAAAAGAAGCUCUGCACGAGUCAACAUUAUGGACUAGGUCAUCUAGUAACUGUAUUUUAGUGAGACAUGCCCCAAGAUUCAAUCCAAGGCCUAGCCCCAACAUCCGGCAUGGAGCUACGAGAGGAAACAAGAAUGUUGGGGGCCAUACAAAUGAUGACUGGUAUCAGUCUUCACUGCUUGGGAUUGCUCUGGGUGAAUUUAUUGGUCUCACAAUUGAUGGUAUUUGAAGCAUCAUUUCUUCCUAUAACAACAUUACUAGGAUACCCCUUUUGGUCAGCUUGUAUUUUUAGUGUUUCAGGAUUCUUUGCAGUGUUAGCAGAGAGGACUGGUUCAAGAAUAGUGUUGACUUACGCAAUAGCAACGCACAUCAUCAGUGCUAUUGUUGCAUCUAUCGGUGUGCUGAUAAUUGUAUUCGAGCUUUUUUUGGUUAGUUUUGGUGUAAGAAGACAUCUUUGGGUACAUACAUGUGGUAAACUCCUUUCAGAGUAUUUGUUGUUAUUCACACUCUUGGAGUUACUGGUGUCAAUUAAAGUGACACGCUGGACAAGAAGUGCAAGAAGAUAAAAAUGCAAAUGCUGUCCGAAAUCUUAACGGUUCUUCAUUUUAGAACAUGCUAGUUAUCAAUUUGCUGACAUCCAACUUACCUCAGGCUCAUGGCAGAUGGAAAUCCUUUUCCUACACAUAUUCAAGAACCAUCAUUAUCUCUGUCAAGGAGGAAAGUUAAAUGGCAAAUGAAGAACUUCAUUCUGUUCAAGAUGCUUCAUGGAAGUCCUAUCUAAUUGAGUCCAUCUCAGUAUUUCUUU